AUGGGUGAAUGGGUUUUGGGAAAGAAAUUCAACACAGUCUAUCCGCACUAUGGAUCUAUUCAAUCCUUAUGGGAGCAAAAGUGGAAGCCUUGUUGUGAAAAAUCCAUCUACCCUUUUCAUGGCGGCGCCUUUGAGGAUUUUGACCCAAUUUUCGAAUCGUUGAUACAGGUAUUCCUUUACACUGCUGAAAACCUGUCCUCUGAAGCAGCAUUGGUCGAGCAGAGAGGUGACAUCGAAGCUGCCGUUCGCCUUGGUCUCCGAAGUGCUUGCGUCUCUCGCAUUUCCCGUUUCCCUUACCUAGGACCACAAGAUACUGGGCUCAAGAGACAUGCGUUUGAACGGCAAAAUGAUGUAUAUCUACGAGCUGGUGCAUUGAUGAGAUGCCCCAUCUACCCGAAAUCCAUCCACUUCUCGCAUAGACUGGAGCACGAAGGGAUGGAGAUCUCGGUCCUCCAACGACUACCCCUCGGACACGGCGAUAGACCGCACCCUGUGAUUCUGAUCAUGACGGGCCUCGACGGAUACCGACUGGAUAACACUGCUCUCACUGAUCGUCUGAUAGAGAGAGGCUGGGCUGUCGUGCUCUGCGAAAUUCCUGGGACAGCUGACUGCCCCGCAGAUCCCAAGGACGCAUCGUCACCCGAUCGUUUGUGGUCUUCUGUCAUUGAAUGGAUCAUGAAGCAGGCUUGUUUCGACCCAGACAAGAUAGGCGAGGAUGAUGGGCUUUGUCCAAUCGAAGAUUUGAUGGAACUGGCGGAUCAAGCGGCUGGAAGAGACUUGAUAAUUGUUAAGAACCGAAUGCAUAUGGGAAACCCAGAUGCUCAGCCACAGGUUAUUAAAUGGCUAACAUAA